AUGAAAAAUUUAUUUGAAAAUUUGAGCUGUUACACGUGUUUUCAUCAUCAAAAGAGAGUUCAAGUGAAGCACAUACAAGCCGACACAUAUAUGAUUAUGUGGAAUCUUGCAUUCAACAAGUUGGUCUCGAGCAUGUUGUUCAAGUUGUGACCGAUAAUGCCACGAAUAACAUGGGAGCGGCGAAGUUACUAAAAGAAAAAAGACUGACUAUUUUUUGGUCAUCGUGUGCGACACACACCAUUAACCUCAUGCUCGAAGGUAUUGGUGGACUUCCAAGGUUUAAGAAUGCCCUAGAUCAAGAAAAGAAACUAACCAUAUUCAUUUAUGCUCACACCAAAACCUUGGCUAUGAUGAGAAACUACACCAAGAAAAGGGAAAUUAUUCGAUCGGGAGUCACGAGAUUUGCUUCCGCCUUUCUAACAUUACAAAGCUUAUUUGAAAAAAAGGAGCAGCUAAAACAUAUGUUUUCUAGCACCGAAUGGGAGGAGUGUAAAUUUUCUGGUAUGCCUAAAGGAAGAGCCUCAUAUGGGACGGUGACAAGUCUCCAAUUUUGGGCUGGUGUGACACAAUGUUUAAAAGUGCUUUCCCCUUUGGUUAAAGUCAUCCGAAUGGUUGAUGCGGAUUGGAAGCCCUCAAUGGGUUUUGUUUACGAGGAUAUUAAAGUAGCAAAAGAAGAAAUUAUGAAAGCUUUGGGUGGUCAAGAGAAAGCUUACAAGUCUAUUAUAGAUAUCAUAACCAACAAGAUGAAAGAGAUGCAAAGACAAGUCGUGACUAUUGACUUGCCAAAGUACAAGGAAAAGGUUGAUAGAUUUGGAGUGGAGCUUGGAUAUAAAUCUUGUAUGGUGAACAAUGCCGACUUUGAUCCGGGUAAUUUGUUUCUACUUUUAUUUGCUUAUUUUAUAAAAUGCAAGAUGGUGGGGACUUUUUGGUGGCUCGACUCCUCAUUUAACAAAGAUUGCAAUGAAAUUCUUUCUUUAACUAGUAGUUCAUCGGGGUGUGAAAGGAAUUGGAGCACGUUUGAAGUGGUACAUACAAAGAAACGAAAUAGAUUGGAGACAAGUAGAUUGAACAAUCUUGUUAAUGUUCAAUUCAAUGCAAAUUUAACGGAAAAAAACAAAAAGAGAAAAAAUAGGACUUUGGAAGUGCUUUUAGCAAAUGAUUCUCACUCGGCUCAAGAAGGGAUUGUUGAUUGUAGUGAUCGUGAUGUAGAUGAAGUCGACCCCGAAUCAAAUAUGGAAUCGAUUGGUGAAGCUCUCGGGACUAAUGAUAAUCAAGUAUCCCAUCAAAAUUCAACAACUAGGGAACUUUUUGAUGAAGAUUUCGAGUCCGAGAGUGAGGAACAAGUGUUUGAAGAAGGUGAAUAUGAGUCGGAUGGAGUUCAAAUAUUAGAAGAAGUCGGAGGAGAUUAG